AUCAUUUACUGCCGGUAGGGAUUCAGCAAAAAAGCGUUUGCAACACUGAUCAUACUUCACUCUCAUUUCCUUUUGUUGAUAGCUCGAUCUUGUAUGAUGUAUCCGGUUUUAUUUAUCGCCAUUUCUUAUUUCCUGUCUUCUCGCGUCCAUACAUGUUAAUUGCUUGUAAACAAAAAUAUUUGAAAUAAAAAAUACAUUAGUUUUCUCGUACAGUGAUCAGGAAGAACAAUGUCAGAUCGUGGUCGGGGAAGGGCCCGUGGGAGGGCAGGUCGAGGUGGCGAUGGAACUGGACCGGUCCCGCGCAGACCCGGAGAGCAGGCGGGUCCGGUACCACAACAGGCCGCCCCACCAGGCCCACGGCCACAUCCACCCACCGCCUGGGGUCCACCACCAGUAGUGCCGCCAGUCCGAGCGGGAGUACCCACGCCGACAGUCCAAGCUGGCCGCGCGUCUCACCGAUCAACGCCAUCCACUCAUGAACAUCCGGGUGAUAUUGAUAUUCAGCAACGCAUGCAAAGGAUUGACUUGGGACAAGGUUCACAACCGGGGGCCAGCGGCGAACCCGGAAGUGCAGUUGUAGGCAGGGGGUCGCGCCGCGGUGGCGGUCGCGUUCUGCCAGAACAACUCAGCGUGCUGCGGACUCGUCCGGCCACUGUGCAGUCCAAGAAAGGUACAUCUGGCACUCCGCUGGAUCUAUGCGCAAAUUAUUUCACGGUUCAGACAACUCCACAAUGGUGUCUAUAUCAGUACCACGUGGACAUAUCGCCCGAGGAAGACAGCACUGGUGUUCGUAAAUCAUUAUUGCGCAUACACGCCAAGACAUUAGGAGGGUAUUUGUUUGAUGGCACUGUGCUAUAUACAGUGAAGCGUCUUCACCCUGAUCCAUUGGAAUUAUAUUCCGAUCGCAAGAACGACGGAGAACGCAUGCGUAUUUUAAUAAAAUUGACCUGCGAUGUCAGUCCCGGUGACUACCAUUACAUACAGAUAUUUAACAUCAUCAUAAGGAAAUGUUUCUAUCUGCUUCAACUGCAGCUGAUGGGCCGUGAUUAUUUUGAUCCUGCUGCAAAGAUUGAUAUACCAGAGUACAAACUGCAGAUUUGGCCUGGAUACAAAACCACGAUAAACCAAUAUGAAGACCGUCUCCUUAUGGUGACUGAAAUAGCACAUAAGGUUCUACGUCUCGACACAGUCCUUCAGAUGCUUUCUGAAUAUGCUGCAACAAAAGGUAGCAACUAUAAGAAAAUUUUCCUGGAAGAUGUUGUUGGUAAGAUUGUAAUGACUGAUUAUAAUAAACGGACGUACCGAGUGGACGAUGUAGCCUGGACCGAAUCCCCGCGUUCCACAUUCAAGAUGAGGGAUGAAACUGUUACAUACAUUGAUUAUUAUUCCAAGAAAUACAACAUAAGGAUCCAAGAUGCAGGCCAGCCUUUGCUGGUGUCGCGUUCCAAGCCACGCGAGAUCCGCGCCGGCAUGCCCGAGCUCGUGUACCUGAUACCAGAGCUGUGCCGCCAGACCGGCCUGUCCGAUGAGAUGCGCGCCAAUUUCAAACUGAUGCGAUCUCUCGACAUCCACACCAAGAUUGGACCGGACAAGAGAAUUCAAAAAUUACUCAGCUUCAAUAAAAGGUUCACUCAGACACGAGAAGUAGUGGAGGAACUAGGCACCUGGUCCCUGAAACUGUCAAACGACCUGGUGAGGUUCAAGGGUCGCCAACUGCCCCCCGAAAAUAUAAUUCAAGGCAACAACAUCCGGUACCCAGCUGGAGAUACAACAGAAGGCUGGACCAAAGACAUGCGAUCCAAGCCAUUGCUGACGUUAGCCAACAUGCCAUCGUGGGUGGUGAUAAUUCCGGACCGCCAGCGACGCGACGGCGAGCCAUUUGUCGACCUCAUCAUGAAAACUGGCGCCGGAGUCGGCUUCAGAAUGCCUCGUCCAGAGAUUGUUGGAAUCCGAAAUGAUGGUCCGAUGGAGUACGCCAAUAUGUGCGAAAAUGUUAUAGCUCGUAAAAACCCUGCUUUAAUCUUGUGUGUUUUGGCCAGGAACUUUUCGGACAGAUAUGAAGCAAUCAAAAAGAAGUGUACUAUCGACCGCGCUGUACCCACUCAAGUGGUGUGUGCCAGAAACAUGACCAGCAAAUCAGCCAUGUCCAUUGCAACAAAAGUUGCUAUACAAAUUAAUUGCAAGCUCGGAGGAUGCCCGUGGACCGUGGACAUCCCACUGCCAUCCCUAAUGGUGAUCGGGUACGACGUGUGCCAUGACACGCGCUCCAAGGAGAAGAGUUUCGGCGCGUUCGUGGCGACGCUCGACAAGCAGAUGACGCAGUACUACUCGGUCGUCAACGCGCACACCUCCGGCGAGGAGCUCAGCGCUCACAUGAGCUUCAACAUCGCCUCGGCCGUCAAGAAAUUCCGCGAACGAAACGGUACACUGCCAGGCCGUAUCUUCAUCUACAGAGACGGUGUAGGCGACGGACAAAUACCUUAUGUCCACAGCCAUGAGGUCGGCGAGAUCAAGAAGAAACUGGCUGAAAUAUACGCGGGAGCCGAAAUGAAGAUGGCGUUUAUAAUUGUAUCCAAACGCAUCAAUACACGUAUAUUUGUGGACCGCGGAAACACAGGUGACAAUCCUCGCCCAGGCACAGUCAUUGAUGAUGUUGUCACUCUGCCCGAACGUUACGAUUUCUACUUGGUGUCCCAAAAUGUGCGCGAAGGCACAAUCGCGCCGACUUCUUACAACGUGAUUGAGGACACUACAGGCCUUCAUCCGGAUCGAAUUCAGCGUUUGACCUACAAACUGACGCACAUGUACUUCAACUGCUCGUCGCAAGUGCGCGUGCCGUCUGUGUGCCAGUACGCACACAAACUUGCAUUCCUGGCAGCUAAUAGUCUUCACAACCAACCUCAUUACUCAUUAAAUGAGACUUUGUAUUUCCUUUAAAUAAGUAUGAAUAUGUAUAGUACAUAGUACAGUAAAAAUGUUCCAAGCGAAAUUAAUCUACCUUCUUAAAUAAUAUAUGUGCGUGACCUGUUUCGUGGUGCCAGAGUAUAAGCUAUUUUUAAAGUAGAAUAAAUAUAUUUUACGACUGGCUAAGCCUUAAAUUUUACUCUUAAGUGAUAAAAUAAGGCCAAAAACAGGUUUACGCGUAUUGGGAUUAACAAACUUUUUACUGAAUAUUAUCUACACAUAUACAGCCAGUGUUUAGACAUACUGAAUUUUGUAUGCCCUAAAUGAGCAACCAACAUCUUACGUUGCAUUGUGUCAUACAAAUUUAUUAUUUAAGAGUAGGUAAUUGGUAUAAAGUAUGGUCCACCCACCGAUUUUCACUUAUUAAGUUUACCACAUAAAACAAUCUUUCAAUUAUAUAAUACCCUAUAUGCAUACCAAAUUAUUAUUCCAUUAAUGUAUUUAGUCAACAUGGUAAACAUAUUCGUCAUACACUUGUAUACACUCAGUUUUGGAUGAAUAGUUAAUAUGAGUAAAAUGGUCAAUUCUCUUUAUUUUAAAGGUAAAAUUGAGUAAAAUCUUUGUUAGUCAUAAUAAUAAUACAUAUAUGACCAGGCCUAAGCUGGUAAGUAAGAAGUAUUAAUUAUUAGAUUUAAGUGAUGUUUAAAAAAUCUCAGAUCUUAAAUAGAUCUUUAAAUAUCAUCAUUCAUACAAGUAAUUUGUAACAUAAAAUGGUGAUACAAAUCAUUAGGAUCUGUGAACACCACCGAUUUAUUUCCUUUUUAUGUUUUGUUUCUCAGUUGUUAAGACGUUUUGUGAUAUUAUUUCCUAUAUUCACUUGUCAGGUAUUGAAGGCAAAUUCAUUUGAGUAAAUAUGGCCAUACUCAAAAUAGAAUACUUAAGUGAAAAAAUACCUGACUUACUGCCAGUGGCAUUUAUUGUUUUAGUAUAUUUAGAUUUAAGUUUUGAUUUUUAUUAUGACGGUAUCAUAAAGCUUUCUAAUAAUAAGAACUUUAAAAACUGCGUUUAUGACAGCUGGUCAUCGGCAACAAAGUUGAUUCUGGUUGCUUCCGAUUUAUAACAAAAUGUUAGUUGUGUUUUUUUUUAAAUACAUUUUUCUAUUUUCAUAAA